UUUGCCACCAUAGCCAGCCGAGUGUAAGUGGUCCUGUUCCUGUUUGAGUAUUCAGAGUCUUGUCUCUCAUUACCUUCCAUCUCGUUGCAGCCAGCUAACAUCUCCCGUUGCUCCAGCCCGCACCUAUCCGCGCGGCUAGCUGUUCUUCCUGAUAUCCUUCUGUGAUGCAGGUCUAAUAACGGCCAUGAUUACCCGCUGGCUUCUCCUUGUGAGCUGUCUGCUGCUGGCGCUGGUCGCUCAGCCUAGCACGGCAAAGAAGUCCGAUGGUCCUAAGAUAACGGCGACACAAUUCGACCAUGAACCCAUCAACCUGUUCUACUUCGAGGACAGCGACACGGUGAUAUUCCAAGAUGCCGACACCAGUGACAUAUACCGAUCCUUCGACGGAGGUGAAAAAUGGGAGGUCGUCGACGAUGAGGAUAGCAAGAUGAAGGGCAACGUCUGGACGGUCAUACCGCAUCCCAACGACAAGACAAAGGCCUAUAUCCUGGGAACCCAGGGGAGGCAUUGGGUCACAACCGACCAGGCAAAGACAUGGCGCCCCUUCGAGCUAUCAGUCAUACCAUUGCUGAUGCGGUCACCCCUCUCUUUCCAUGGUCGCGAUUCCAACAAAGUGAUCUUCCAGGGUGAGGAGUGUGCCGGGUUCCAUUGCUUCCAGAGAGCAUUCUACACUCGUGACAACUUCCUCACAGUUUCGCCUCUGCGUGAUGGUAGCCACAUGUGUUCCUGGGCUGUGGGAACGCCUGAGUUUGCCCGUGACUUGGAAGCCGCCGAUGAGAUCGAGGACCGCGUUCUCUGCAUCGUUCCCGGUUUGAAGGUGCCUUACGUAUACGCCAACCGUCUUGUCUAUUCAGAUGACUACUUCACGACUGACGAAGAAGGGAUCGAGGCGAAGCUCGAUCAAGGGAGGCCGAUCAGUGGUAUCAUCAGUACCGCAUCGGUCAAGAAGUAUCUGGUGGCCGCCGCCAAGUCGCAGGGAACAGAUGAGCUUGCGCUGUAUGUGACGGAUGACACAAAAGUGUGGCAUCGGGCAGAGUUCGGUGACCACAAGCUCGAGGAGGAUGCCUACACGGUUCUUGAGAGUACAAACUACAGUAUCCAGGUGGAUGUCCUGACUACACUCCCCACCAGCGGCAUGGGUGUGCUAUUUACCUCGAACUCCAACGGUACUUAUUUCACCCGCAACAUCGAGCAUACAAACCGGAGUCCCGGGGGAUUGGUUGAUUUUGAGAAGAUCGCCAACAUUCAGGGUAUCGUACUGGUUAACGUUGUUGACAACUGGGAGGAAGUGGAAAAGACAGACGCUACAUCCAAGAAGAUUGUCAGUAAAAUCAGUUUUGACGAUGGCCGUACAUUCCAAUCACUCAAGGUUGGUGACAAGUCGCUACAUCUCCACUCUGUCACUGCCUUCGCCAAUGUCGGUCGUGUCUUCUCGAGUCCUGCCCCUGGUAUAGUCAUGGGAGUAGGCAACACUGGGGAUCAUCUUAAGAGCUAUGAAUCCGGCGACCUUUACGUAUCUGAUGACGCAGGUGUCACCUGGCGCAAGGCUCUCGAUGGAUCGCACAAGUACGAGUUCGGCGACCAAGGUGCUGUUAUUAUGGCCAUUCAGGACAAGGAGAAGACGGACAAGAUUCAGUUUUCUAUUGACCAUGGGAAAGAAUGGGAGACUGCCGAGUUGAAGCACAAGAUCCACACCAGGCUGCUUACAACGACCCCCGAUUCGACCAGCCUGAAGUUCAUCUUGGUCGGCGCUGUGGAAAAAGACCUCAACAGAGAAUGGAUUGUCUCUUCUAUCGAUUUUGGCGGACUCCACGAGCGGAAGUGUGGCAAGGAUGAUUUCGAGAAAUGGCCCGCACGAUUGGAUGAGAAUGGAGAGCCGGACUGUCUCAUGGGCCAUAAACAAUUCUACCGCCGUCGCAAGGCCGAUGCCGACUGUUUCAUUGAUGAGGAAUUCAAAGACCCGGAACCUAUCUUUGAACCCUGCAAGUGUACUAUCGAAGACUUUGAGUGCGAUUACAACUUUGUCCGCAGCGAGGAUAGAAAGAAAUGUAUCCCUGCCAGACCCCUCGUCCCACCGAAGGGGGCAUGCCAGAAGCCUAGUGACAAGUACGUGGGCCCGUCCGGUUGGAGGUUGAUUCCAGGAAACGCCUGCAUAAGAAAUGGGGGUGAGAAUCUCGACAAGGAUGUGGAGCGCUCUUGCGAUGAGGCAGCGACAGCACCCGAUGGGGCAGUCAGUGCGACAAAAUACGUCUUCGACGCGCCGCGAUUCGGUGAUUUCUAUUAUCUGGAGAGGGCGCCCACUAGUGGUGGAGAUGACGAGACGAUCGUUCUAGUUACCAGUGACAACGAACUCUUCAUCACACACGACCAUGGCAAGAACUGGAAACGAGCCUUGGAAGGCUCGAAGAUCCGAGAGAUCGUACCUCAUCGCUACUUCAACGAUCAUGCAUUCUUCCUUACAGAUAGCAAACAGGCCUUCUGGACGGUCGAUCGUGCUCAUCAUCUUUCCGAGUUUGAGGCCCCAAGUCCCCCAAACAAGGACAGAGUGCCGACCCUUGGCUUCCACCCACAGUACAAGGACUGGCUGAUCUGGACUGGGCAUGCUUGUACCGGACUUGGCUGCAAUUCCGUGGCUUCUAUCACCAAAAACAGAGGCGCCAAGUGGGAGCUUCUCCUCCGUGGUGUCCGCAAAUGCGAUUUUAUGGCCAGGGAUGAUCGCAAAGACAGCGAGAAUCUCAUCUUCUGCGAGCAAUUUGAGAACGAGGAUCCAGACAACGGCGCUCUGCAGCUCGUCUCUAGUGACAAUUGGUUCUAUGAAAGCAAGGUCCACUUCACUAAGGUUGUUGAUUUUGCUACGAUGGAGGAAUUCGUCGUCGUAGCUGCGCGGAACCCCGAGAACGAGGAGUCGCUCAAGGUGGACACCAGCGUUGACGCAAGAGUCUUUGCUGAUGCCGAGUUCCCGCCCAACUUUGAUGUCCCUGUCCAGAAAGCCUACACGGUUUUGGAUAGCUCGACACACGCUGUCUUCCUGCAUGUGACUGUGAACAACAUGGAAGAACGUGCCUAUGGAUCGAUCAUUAAGAGCAACAGCAACGGCACCUCCUAUGUCCUCAGUAUCGAUGCUGUCAACAGGAACGACAACGGUUACGUCGAUUUUGAGAAGAUGCAGGGUCUGGAAGGGGUCGCGGUAGUCAACGUUGUUGGGAACGUCAAAGAUGUGGAGAAGGGACAAGCGAAGAAGUUCCGGACCAUGAUCACCCACAAUGACGGAGCACAAUGGACACUUCUGGCGCCGCCAUCGAAAGACUCAGAAGGCAAGGGCUACAACUGCAAAACCAACAACGGAAAGCCUACGGAGAAGUGCGCGCUACACCUUCAUGGCUAUACUGAGCGAAGAGAUCCUCGCGCCACCUAUGCGUCCGCCUCGGCGGUUGGUAUCAUGAUGGGCGUUGGAAACGUUGGUGAAUACUUGACCAACAAGCAAGAUGGCGAGACCUUUAUUACCCGGGAUGGCGGUAUUACCUGGAAGGCUGUCAAGAAGGGAAGCUAUUUAUGGGAGUAUGGCGACCAGGGUUCGGUCAUUGUCAUCGUUGAAGAGUCCAAACCGACCAAGGUUGUCUACUACAGCGUCGACGAGGGCGAGACUUGGGAGGAAUAUCAGUUCUCGGAUGUGGAGAUGCAGAUCGAUGUGAUCUCCACCGUUCCCUCGGACACGUCAAGGAACUUCCUCCUCUGGGGACGAGAACUGGGUGACAAGAAGAAGAUUGCGACUGUUAACCUCGACUUCAGCGGUCUUCGCGACCGGCUUUGCAACUUGGAAGAAGACUCGGCUGAAAAUGAAGAUUAUUACCUAUGGGAACCCAAGCACCCGAUGCAGGAAAACAACUGUCUUUUCGGCCACAUUGAGCAGUACCACCGCAAGAAGCCGUCGGCGCACUGCUGGAACGACUGGAAGCAGCCGCACAUCCACCGCAUUGCUCAGAACUGCACCUGCACUAGAGAGGAUUAUGAAUGCGAUUAUAACUACGAACCGCAAAGCGAUGGCAGCUGUGCUCUGGUUCCAGGCCUUCCGAAGCCGGACGCCUUGGCUGUCUGUCGGGAUGACCCUGAGGCAAUUGAAUAUUGGGAGCCGACUGGCUACCGUCGUAUUCCGUUGACAACCUGCCAGGGUGGACUGCAGCUUGACCACAUCGUGUCCAAGCCGUGUCCCAACAAGGAGAAGGAAUACGAGAAAAAGCAUGGCAUCAGUGGUGUCGGACUGUUCUUUGCCAUUGUGACCCCCAUCGCAGUGGCCGCAGGUGCUGGAUACUGGAUCUACACGAAAUGGGACGGCAAAUUCGGUCAGAUCCGUCUGGGUGAGAAUGUUGGUGGCGCCGACGGCAUGUUCUCACGCGACUCUUCCCUUGUGACCGUGCCGAUUGCGAUCAUCGCCGGCAUUGUCGCUGUGGCCAAGGCACUUCCAUUGCUAGGCAUGAGUCUCUGGAGAAGCGUUAGCGGAUAUGUGCGUCUUCCCGGACGAGGUGGCAUCGGUUCGCAGAGGCCAUAUUCGUCAAGAGGCGCAUUUGCCGCUCGAAGAGGCGAUUACGCGAGCGUUGUCGAAGACGAGGACGAACUCCUCGGCGUUGAAGACCUCGAAGGGGAAGAGGACGAGGAGGUGUAAACAUAGAGCGCUUUCCUUUUUCUGUUUUGCCUUUUAUCUUCUGGUGUUUCCGCUGAGUGAGCUAUGUUUUUUGUCCUCUAUAUGAUAUAUGAGUGAACGGAUUCAGAGAUGCAUCUUUUUUUCGUCUUUUUGGAGAUGUGAUGUUGCUGGUCCUGUCGAAUGGCAGGUCAUGUUUUGUACUUAGAGAAGGUAGAAUGGAAUGAUAUGAUACGAUAGAUAUAUCAGCUUCCUUUGUAUGUGGUUGGGAGUGGUUUUGAGUGCGCUGCGUUUCAGAUAUUACCAUACUUUGAGGCUGUAACUAGAGUAGAUCCAAUAAUCUACCAAUGUCCUUUCUCCUUAGGUUCUUGGUGACUUGCGGGAUGACUUGUUGAUCGUUGGAGCUAUUAUUCUAUAAAAAAAAACAUUACAUAUUACAA